GUUGGUCAGUCUACUAAAUGGAUAUGUAUGGGCUGCAUUUGAUAGCACUAAACUUGUGUGGGGGUGGGGUUCCUGUUCUGUGCCACCACUGUGUACAUGUCUCCUCCUGUGUGUAGAGCUGUGGAAGGGUGCUCCUCCAUCAGAGAAAUCCCAUUUCUUUGCUUCCCAUGCUUUUCUGGAUGAGCAUUAUUUGAAUGCUUCUCUUUAUUUUGAAGGUUAGAGGGGAAAGGCAGUUUGCUGGCAAAAGGAAACAUCUCCUGGCCUCUGGCUUCUCUUCCUACUUAAUUGUAAUGCUAUUUUAUCUCUUCUUCACAGCUGUUAGGUACUCUGGGAGUGAGGUGGUCAAAAGAAAGGGUUGUGGCUUCUGAGAGUGCUAUGUCCUGUUCCAGGACUAAUUUCCCUUCUGUGCCCUACAGGCUGAGGUUUGUAGGGAAAAGAGCACUCUUGUCACUGCCUGGCUUAAAGCUUUGAGAGAACGUGCACUCCUUUCUAUAAACUGAACAUUGGGGGGUGUUUUUGGUUAAUUUGUACUUAUAAGAAGUUGUUUUUCUCUUUGUGUACUUGGAGCUGACGCUGUUUUUGAAAAACUCUUGUAAAUUCAGGAUUUGUAUUGGCUAUAAUAAUAUUAUAGUGGAAGUAGCAAAAAUGUAACCUUUCAUUCCAUUUUCUCACACUCUUAAUGUGAAGGUGGCCAUAAUAGAGGAAGCACUUGUCCAUUGCGUGGGUUCUGACAACUGUGGGAACAGGGAAAGCUCCUGUGUGUUCAGAGCUGUGCCUUUGAAGCAGGGCCGGCAGCCUUUCAUUUAACAGCAUCCUGUGCAUUAGUACGAGAGAUUUCUGCUGUGUGCCUUUUAUAAAAGUGCCAUAUGACUUAAAUUUUAACACAUUCUGCUGCUUUUUAGUAUUGUAGUGUUCAUGGAAAAUGUGCUGUAAGACUAGAAACAUGAUUGUGUUAUACAGUUAAUUAAAAAUAAAGGCAGAUUUUUAAUAUGAGCUCAGUCAGUGAAAUACAUCAACAAAGACUUUUUUGUUGGCUGUCAAGUGAGAAAAACAGAAAAGACUCAAAUUCUUUCUCUAAUAUUUCCUUCCAGUCUGACUCAUCAGUAGAAAUUGUGAAGAGCUGCAGAAGAGAAGCCAAGCAGACAAGCUGAUAACUCAAAGAAAUACUCUUUUGAGUUUGGGGUUCAGAGUGGAGUCAUCAUGAGCGAUGUUACCAUUGUGAAGGAAGGCUGGGUACAGAAGAGGGGAGAAUAUAUAAAAAACUGGCGGCCAAGAUACUUCCUGCUAAAGACAGAUGGCUCUUUCAUAGGCUAUAAGGAGAAGCCCCAGGAUGUGGAUCUGCCAUAUCCACUCAACAACUUUUCAGUGGCAAAAUGUCAGCUGAUGAAAACAGAGCGCCCAAAGCCGAACACAUUCAUUAUCAGAUGUCUUCAGUGGACCACUGUCAUAGAGAGGACGUUCCAUGUGGACACUCCAGAGGAAAGGGAAGAAUGGACAGAAGCAAUCCAGGCUGUAGCAGACAGACUUCAGAGGCAAGAAGAGGAGAGGAUGAACUGUAGUCCAACAUCUCAGAUAGACAAUAUAGGAGAAGAAGAGAUGGAUGCUUCAACAACCCAUCAUAAAAGAAAGACAAUGAAUGAUUUUGACUACUUAAAACUACUGGGCAAAGGCACAUUUGGCAAAGUUAUCCUGGUCCGAGAGAAGGCUAGUGGCAAAUACUACGCUAUGAAGAUUUUGAAAAAAGAAGUAAUUAUUGCAAAGGAUGAAGUGGCUCAUACUCUUACAGAAAGCAGAGUAUUGAAAAACACCAGACACCCUUUUUUAACAUCCUUGAAAUACUCCUUCCAGACAAAGGAUCGUUUGUGUUUUGUGAUGGAGUAUGUUAACGGUGGAGAGCUGUUUUUCCAUUUGUCGAGAGAGCGGGUGUUCUCAGAGGACCGCACACGCUUCUAUGGUGCAGAAAUUGUCUCUGCCCUGGACUAUCUGCAUUCUGGGAAGAUUGUGUACCGUGAUCUCAAGUUAGAAAAUCUAAUGUUGGAUAAAGAUGGACACAUAAAAAUUACAGAUUUUGGACUUUGCAAAGAAGGAAUCACAGACGCAGCAACUAUGAAAACAUUCUGUGGUACUCCCGAAUACCUGGCACCAGAGGUGUUAGAAGAUAAUGACUAUGGUCGUGCAGUGGACUGGUGGGGAUUAGGCGUUGUCAUGUAUGAGAUGAUGUGUGGAAGAUUACCCUUCUACAACCAAGAUCAUGAGAAACUAUUUGAACUGAUACUAAUGGAAGACAUAAAAUUUCCUCGAACUCUGUCUGCAGAUGCAAAAUCAUUACUAUCAGGCCUACUGAUAAAGGACCCAAAUAAGCGGCUUGGUGGAGGCCCAGAUGAUGCAAAAGAAAUCAUGCGUCAUAGUUUCUUUGCUGGAGUAAACUGGCAAGAUGUAUAUGAUAAAAAGCUUGUACCUCCUUUUAAACCUCAAGUGACAUCUGAGACGGACACCAGGUAUUUUGAUGAAGAAUUUACAGCUCAGACUAUUACAAUAACACCGCCUGAAAAAUAUGACGAGGAUGGUAUGGACUGCAUGGACAAUGAGAGGCGGCCGCAUUUCCCCCAGUUUUCCUACUCUGCAAGUGGACGAGAAUAACUUUUUUGUUCUGCUGCUUCACUGUCAUCUUAGGUUUAUCAGUGAAAAUGAUUCCUGAACAUCACCACCAGUACUAGAUACUACUAUGAUAGCAGGGGCACUUUCAGAGACCAUUCCAAAUUGAACAAGUUUCUUUCCCAAACCUACCUAAAAUCCGUUCUGGUUUUGCAUGACGUAUGAGAUUCUCUCUACUCCGCUCUCCUGCUGUUGCUGCCGCCCACAGUCUCAGUAUAAUAGCAACGUCGAGAAGUUACUAACAGUUUGUUUGAAGGUAGAUGACUUGACUUCAGCAUUGUACACUUUGUGAACAAGUAGUCAUCUAUUUUUCCUCGCAGUGGAGGCUAAACAAAAGCCGUGUUGGUCCAGCUUAUCUUCUUCUAGAAGAAGAAUCAAAAUUGUAAUUAGUCUAAACAGACUAGGCGAUAACAUUUUCUUGCAUCUGUUUGUGCUGGUUAGAAUGAGGAAACCUAGAGGUGGUGAUGUACAUAUGCAAGGUUUCUGUUAGGCAUAUCAUUACUUGAAGCAGGUCUCUGUCAUUAACAUCUGGCUGGAAUUUGUUUGGGAAAUGUUUGAGAGAAGGACUUAAACUGUUGAUAUAUAUAAAUAUAUAUAUAUAUUAUUUUUUAAUUACUGUUGGAUACUACAGAAGAAGCAGAAGGGCUGGGCUCAUCCAGCCUGUCACUUAGAACUUCCAGGUUCAUGUGCAAUCACGGAGAAUCGAACAUUAUACAUGCAAGAAAUGAAGGCAUAAAAGCAGCAGUUGAAGUUGUUCAAGGGGUUUUAUAAUUUGCACCAGAUAACAUCUUUUUCAUGCUUUUCUCUUUCAUGAUAUGCAUCACCUCUGAUGGCUGAAGAAUGUAGACAGGCAUAAUGGUAUUGCUUUUCACCAAAAUGUGUGCACCAAGGUAAACAGGUGUUUGCCUUACUUGUUUUUAUUUUGAGUUUGUGAAUUAGCUUCCUCUCCAGGUGUUUAACUCCGAAUAUUCUUUUUUUUUUCUUUUUUUUGUUAUACUGCGGUAGUAUUUAUUUUUAGAGAUAAGGUUUGUAUGUGUCAUGUUUGCAAAUGCUGCUACAUCUUAGAACAGGCUUAUAGCAGUUAAUUUUGUAAUAUAUGGAAGGACUGUACAAGCUGAAGGGAAUAAUGCACUUUUCUCCCAUGUGGAAAUUUUAACAAGGCUCUGAAAUUGUACAUACUGCUUAGAACCAGAUUUUUGUGAAUGAAAUACUGUCUUUUAACAGUUUGGCAGUGGAGGUGGGGAUUUCCAACCUCACGUGCCAAAGGGUUAAAAGUGAACAGACAAAAAAGCUACGUCUUGUGCUCCAUUUAGGAUAAACAUAAUGUAAGAGCCUGACAGCACAAGAGAAAAUGUCUGUUCUAUAUGAAGGAAUUGCAUUUGAACAACGAGACCACAGUGAUUACAAGAAAAGCACUUUAUUUUAACAAUUAAAAUAGUAAAUUUCUGGGAUCAGCCGUUCUCAAGGAAGAUUUGCCCUCAACCAAAAGAGUCCCGAAACCCAGCAGGUUAUGUGUAACCAUGGUACCUGAUUGACUGAAUUUCCAACAUCACAACGAACGCUCCACUGAUAGGGAAACAUCUUUCCAUUUCCGAAGAUCUGUAUCUAACAGAACAUGUGCAUAAACUUUAGCUUUGAUCUUCAGCAAUGAUAAUCUUAAUAAUAAACCCUUUGGUGCUAGGAGUUGGGGCGUGACGCGGCGCAGCGACAGCGCGCGCCCUUGCAGGCGACAUCGGGAACCCCCGACUCCGUGGGAUUAUCAUUGGAAGUAUCUCUGCGUUCAGCUCUUGUUAGCUCCCACAAAGACUGUGACAUUGCAGAGUAUUCCUGGUUGCGUUGUGUGAGUGAGUAGAUGAGUCUGAGAGGAGAGAUGUUCCUACACAGAUGCCUUAGCCUCUUGAUGUGGAAAGCUGAGUGCCCAAGCAUGAAGCCCACUGCUGGCAGUGCAUGUGCUGGGAUGGUCAAGGGGUAGAUGGGCAUUUUAGCAAGGCAGCUAAAGACGCAGAGUAAUUUAGACAAUUUUUCAUGUUUCGUGUUUUAUCUUUGGUAAUGGAUGGAUAAUCAGAUAGAAAUAUAUCAUGAUGUAUAUUCUAACUGCAUAGGAUUUCAUUAUGUCACCCUGUAACACUAAGGACGUGUAGAUGUUGUCCCUGUGCAGAGAGAGAGGAGAGCAGCAAAUGCGUUGCAGGUCUGUCCUGGACUGGUGGUGUAGAGGUGUCUGCUCUGACACAGUGAGCGAGUCACUGAAAUAACCAAGUACUUAACAGACGGGCAUUAAUUAGUUCUCUGCAAAGGUCUUGUACUCACGGACUGAAACUAUGGUGAUUCAAAAUCUGUGUUACAUGCCUGUGUUUUCUCCCCUAUGUUUUCAGCUUGUGAUAGCAAUAAGUUUCUUGGCACAGGGCACCUCCAGCCAGUGGCUGUGGCUCUGGCCAGUGGCUCCUCGUGGCAGUGAUGCCCUGUGUUUUGCUUUCCGUUGCGUAGCCAGGUAGUGCACGGUUUGCAGGAAGGGCCUGGCAGUGAACUCUCUGAAAACCUUUUAAGACAUCACUUUGCAUUGCAUUGUCUGCCUUCUGAAACAUCGGUGAUCCAGUUUAUGAGGCAGAGAGCCAGCAGCCACCUUGUGCUGCCCAGGCCUGGGGGAUUCUGUCUUACCAGUGUUAGAAACAGAUGACAGAGAAAUGGACAAGCAGUGCUGAAAGAAACUUUUGAAGCUCUUCUUUUGCUGUUCUGCAGUUGUAGUUGGAUUUGGACAGGAGGUGGUGGCUGGUUGUCUUGGUGAGCCUUUCGAGCACAGUACAUUUCAGACCUUGACUCCAGCUUGUACUGACUUCCAUGACAUACAGUAUGCCCUCUUGUACUGCAGCCAUCUCGGAGGAAAUAGGUCAUUUCUGUUUGGAUUUUGGCAGUUUUGCACACAGCUUCGCUUUCCACACUAAUCCAUCUUCCAGUACAUUCCUGUUGCUUAAAGAACAUUUAUUCCAGUAUUGCUUUACCUUUUUUUUCCAUCUUUACUUGCGGCUUCUUAAAGCUGACUGUUCUUGCAGGGGCCAUGUGCUUCUCCUAGAGUACAAAAGUAAGGUCUUUCCUUACUAACUGCAGGGUCUAUAUAUUACACCUCAAUGUACACACUUUGCUGCUACUGUUUGUACUGUCUACAGUAGAAUUUCCUUAUCUUGCUCCUGGUAGUGCAUUACAGGCAAGCAUGAAAUGUAAAGUAUUUAUUUAAAUAAAAACCUCUAAAUUGGUAAUUGAAUUACCUCCCUGUAGCUUUAGAGUUUGUGACAUUUCUUGACCUUGCUAGUUCUUUCAUUAGAUCCAUGCAAGAUCUAGUCAUAUGGUUAAGGAUAUUAAGCAGACACGACUACGAACCCAAGAAACCGUAUUACUGUUGGUCAUACUUAAACUGUUUAUUUCCUUAAGUAUAUGACCCACAAGGAUGUGAAAUAACUACAAGAAACUGUUUUUGUACACUGUACAUCCUUAGUAUUUUUACACGUAUAUGAUAGGGAUGCACAUUAUUUUCCUUCGUACAGACAGCUUAAAUAAAGCACUAUGUCAAUCUGCUACUUCUGUGUUUUUUAAUGCUAAUUUGUUCUGGAGGAUUGUAAAUAUAUAUAUAUAUAUAUGUUCAAGCUUGCCACAGAGGACGUAUUUUUUUAUAUCUGCACAUUACUAUUAAAUAUCUUAGAGGAUAAAAUUCUUAAGUUGUUCUGUGUCAGAGAAAGAAAAAUGGAAAUGAGAAGGCUAUAUUGCAGAUUACAAAAGAUUUCUCAAGUUUUGGGUUAAAUAUUUACUUCAUAUUUUAAAGUAAUUUUAUAUAGGUUAGAUGUUUCAAUCCUGAAAUGCACAAAGAAUUUACUUAAUUUCUUCUUACAAGAAAAUGUACAUCAUUAUUUUUUUAUCACUGUAUAUAUAAUGAUCUGUGCAUGUUUAGUUACAAGUUUUAUUUGCUGUGAAGUCCUAGUGAUAACUGUAACUGGCUGUGACAUAUUUCAGAUACUGGGUGAACAGUUUCAGCUUGUAAAUGAUUAAGUUACAGUAUUGUCAAAAAAAAAAGUUUUUAUGACUAAGCAAAAUGUAUCUGUGCUUUGGACCGAGGCUGUUUCCAUACAGGUGGUUCCUGUUAACUCUAUGAGAUGUAUGUCACUUAUAAAUUUGGGCUAUACUUUUGAA